AUGAUGACACCACGGGGUCAGGGGAGUGAGUGGACUGACACAACAUUGUCUGAUGUUCUCCUUGUUGUUCAGGAAACCCCAGUGCCAACAGAAGGGUCCUCUGUCUGUCCACACAUCCAGACAGACAGAGAGUGUCUCUGUCUGCAUUACGCAGUGAGCCACCUCCCUUCUACAUGCUGAUAGUUUCUAUUAAAAGUAAAAAAGGAUCAACAGCAAGUGGCUUAAAAUGAAGGCCAACAGAUUACAGUAGGGCCCCGGUAGAGAGCAUUAAAUUAUUGUUUGAGUGAGUAUGAUAGACAGUGAGAGAGAGUGUAUAUAUAGUGUGUGUGUGUGUGUACAAUAGAAAACAGCAGGGAGGGGGUGCGGCAGUAGCGUGAUCAGGAAGACCCAGGUGACGUCAGUGCAGCUGGUCAGGAAGAGCAUACUGCAUGAUGGGAUACUCUGCUAGUCAGCAGGCAAUUCAUUGUGUCGAGACUGCAGUGAGCAUCUGAAUAGGCACUUAUAAACUUGUCAAGAUGACAGUACAUGUAUUUCUUCAGCAUCCCUUGACAUAGCAUUGUCCCCCACUCCUACUUAACCCCGACAAUUUCAGAUACAAAUUGCAGGGAUUGUCAGAGAAAUGUAACUUCAACAUUAGUCUACACUAGUCUGCCAAAGAGCUAGUUAGCUUUCUGCUUACCAGCUUGAAUGAAAACGCUUGGAUGGUAUAUUGUUUUCCUCCAGGCUGCAACCAUAUCUCUUCAGCGGGAAGGUGCUAGUUUGAUUGGUUCCCAAACUAUGUUUUCCAGAGGAGACUGAGUCUGUCUGAUAAGCUAAGCCUGAUAGCUAGACGUCAAAGGCAUGGGACCUGAGGUGUAGUUUUAUUUUUUACGUUAGCACAUCGUUAGCUUUUGACUUGUUUUGAUUACAUAAAUGCUUCAAAAUUCACAAAAGGUGAUGUUAGCUGAUGGAGAUUAUCUCAUAGAACUAAACAUAUAAUAUCUCCUAAACCUGUGUUUACCACAGACCUUAUUUUCGGAGUUUAUAAAAAAAAAAAAUAAAAAAAAAUACAUUAAUUUCCCUAUAGGCUUUGGCCAGCUCGCCUCCGUUAGUGCCUACAAAAAGAUGCCAUUACUAUUGCAAUCUAUAAUGAUCAUAGUUAACGCGGUUAUCUAUAGCCCUAUUAUUGAAGGAAGUGAGUAAGAUCAUUUAAAUUAAUUAUUAGAUGGUUAGGGUGUUUUGUCCAUCCUUCCCACCGUACUGAUGAUGACUGCUGCAAAGGGAGCCUAAACAGGGCUGUUAACAGUGGAGUGGACCUCAAUCACUACAAAAUAUAAGAUGCUGACAAUACCAUUUUCUCGGUUAUUACUCUGGCUGACCCAUAUUUCACAUUGCACUGUGUUAACAAACCAUGAAAAGCUAUUAAUGUACUGUUUAUCUGUAAAUAUUAUCUGAUUUUGUAAUGGGUAUUAAGCAAUCAAAGGCUAACACAGGUGCCAAGCAACAAUCAACAUCACUGAAUGAGAUUAUCUUUGCACCAUGUGGCAAAGUUUGCGUUCACAUCCCAUAUUGGUGGUGGAUGCAGAUUCAAUUGCACAGAAAUGAAUGGCACUAUUCAUGUAUUGCAGUGUGCAUUGAUAUGUUUAAAGGGAUACUGUGAGAUUCUGGCAAUUAAGCCAUUUGUCUACUUACCCAAAGUCCGAUGAACUCAUGUAUACCAUUUUAUGUCUCUGCGACUGCAUGUAGUAUGAAGGAAGUUAAAGGUAAUUUUGCGAGCCAAUUCUAACUACCAUUAGCGCAAUGACUGGAAGUAUAUAGGUACGCUAGCAUAUGCUAACUUCCUUCACGCUGCACACAGAGACAUACAAAUGGUUGCCAGAAUCUCGCAAUGUGUUUCCAAAUAUGUUAAUGUACAUUUGGUUGUGCUAUGACCUGGAAUGACCAAGGAAAUGACCAAGGGACGUGAUGCCCCAAUCCAUAUAAUAAGGCUCAGGGCAGUAUCUGUAUUAUGACCUGCCUUGGUAGGAGAUAAUAAUCCUGCAGCAACAUGAAAUGUGAAUUAUUAUGUGGAUUAUAAUUAAUGGGUAUUUUUUGUAGAUGUUGAUUCAUUUUUAGUUAGGGCAAAUCAAGUCUGACAUUUUAAAGUGGAAAUUAAACUUUAGAAGCCUUUUUAAACCUUGAAUACACUACAGGUUUGCAUUUCCUGCGGUGCAGGAAAAUUCUCAAAAACAAAAUAGUGAUCAAAUUCAGAUCCUUCAUCUAUAUCAUUGCCAGGUGCUGAGCGGGUGCAGCAGCCUAACUAAGCACUAACAGAUGGAUGCGGAGCUGAAGACGAAAGGCUCAGAGCGACUUUCUCUCCACUCUCUAUGUAUCUCUAUGUACUGCAGAGUAUAGCGGGGUUGUGUCCCCGGAGAUAUGCGGUUUAUCCAUCAUCAACACCGUGAGAGUUGUGACAGGGACUAUGACAUAAUUAAGCCGGCCACAAAAAAUGUUAUGUAGUCUAUUCAUAUCUCACACCAGGCGUGUAUCCAAAUGCGUAAAUAACUGAAGGUCAGAUAAACAUCAUAUCUCUCUUCUGUGGUCUGAGUGUUUGGUUUCUGAACGACAAAAUGGCAACCCUGCCUGAGAAACAACCACACAUUAAGCUUUCUUGUUGGAAUUGUGUGUUUAAAAGGCCCUACAUAUGGGGCGGUGGACUCCAAUGCGCUAUGCGCCCCGAGGGCAAGGUGGAAGAACUGAGAAUGGAGGGAAUUGCGCACCCCAUUGGACCCCCAUUAAACCAGUACAUUUAUGAUGUCUGUAAGAACUGGUAACCUCCAAUAUACAGUAGCCUAUUUGUAAUAGCAAAGGAAACGCAAAAUAGUGUGGCAUUAUCUUAUAUCUACUGUAGAUUUGUGCUAUGACAAAUAUUGAAAAUAGCACCAUAGGAAAUAUUGAUUUCGCCAAUAAUUAUUGCAAUUAAUAUUGUUUAUAGAUAUAUACAAUGGUUUUAUAAUAGGGAGCACUAACAACAAAAUCAAACGUCCAUUUUGGUUUGGUAUUCUAUUCCGCCAGUGCAUACUGCAGCAAUUAGCCAGUGGACUACAGGGAAGGUUUUAUGUAACCAAAUAAUAUGUUUAGAUUCCCUCAUGGCUACGCUCGAAGAGGAGGCACUGGUGAUUCUAAGACAACAAUUGCAGCAAAUCAUCUUUAUUUAACACAUUCUAUAUCAUUUUAAAGUUAUGCAAUGGAUCUCAUGGCUGGAGAUAAGUCAAUGGAACGGGAGGAUGGGGAUGGGUAGGUGUGCAAGAACCAUUGCAUCCUAGGAGGCUUUGAUAACGGAGAGAUGCAUUUGCGUACAGAAACACAAAACCACUUACUUCCCAACGAAGUUCUCCAACACCGAGCUUUUCCCUGCACUCUGCCCGCCAACCACAGCGAUUUGAGGCAGGUCCAACUGAGAAUUUUGACCGAUGGCCGAGAAGGCAUCUUGCAUUUUAUUCAUCAGAGGAAUAAGGUCUUCCAUCCCCCGGUUCCCCAUGAUUGCAAGAUAAUCGGUCGCUCCUUUUCAGAAUAGAAUCAAAUGAGGGAAAACGUUUCUCUCGAUCCUUGGCCCUUAUCACCCUUCCGUUUUGAGGGUGUUUCAACGUUUGGAAUACGCCUUUAUUUUAAUUUUGCUUGCACCCUCAUUGAUUACACUUCCCCGGUGUUCCCUCUACACAGAACGCUUCUCCUCUCCUCCCUCUCGUAUACAGCUAUGUUCAGCUCUCUACCACGCAGCACGGAGGGAUGAUCUCUUCUCAGAAUACGCUGACAUCCCUGCACUGACGCGCAUGCACCACUCAGCGGAGAUCUAUCUCAACAGAAUUGCACCCGUAGGCUUCGUGUGCUCUCUCUUGUACUAGGCUAUGCUGUAAGAAAUAGAAAAUACAGGCUAUGUAAACAAUGUAACUAUUUAUAAAUAGGCUAUAUUGACACACUUAUACUAGCUAUAUCAUAUUGUGUUAUGACCAUGUUGAUUAUGUUUGGUAGGCUUUGUUUUGGAAGGCAGUGUUGAUCUGUCCAUGGUGCUGAAGUCGUUAAAUGAUGUAAUCUGUACUUCAGCCUCCUAGGCGAAAGAGGGCGACACGCCUAUUAACUACAGUCAGAGUGUGCAUCCCUGUGAAACACCGGUAGCAAGUGCGCAGUCUCAACGGAACAAUCGCUGCUAACUUUCAACAGGCGGCAGACCGUCGCAAACCUGUACUUCUAAAAUCAUUCAUUACGUUAAAAAGUAGGUAACGUUAAUACGGUAAAAAAAUAUAAUAAUACAACGUGUAAUUGAAAUGUAACUACCAUUGAUUAUUCCGAUUACAUGUUAUAAAAUGGCAGCUCAACUAGCUAAACAGCUUGUUAGCCAAAAAUAGCUAGCUAAUGCUAGGCCAAAUAGCUAGCCAGGCUGCUAAACAAACGUUAUAGCUAGGGUAGAUAGAUAGCUAUGUUAGCCAGAGAGGGUGGACACUGACUAGUUUUGAUAUUGCUGGCUAGCUAACGUUAGCUAGAAACCACAUGCUACAAAAAAACACAAAGAUAGCUAGCUACAAGCUAUUUAGCUACCUUCUUAUCCAUAGCCAGAGAGUUGUUGCUAACUAACGUAGCUAUGUACUGUAUACUCAACAUGACAACAUUAGCUGGAUUAGAGGUUUAUUGUGGAUCAGAUUAUUAUCAAACGCUUUGUUUUUCCUUGAGCAAGAUCCUGACCUGAGCCGAGGAGGUGUCGUCAACAGGCUUUUCUGCAAACAAGCACGGACACACGCAGUUUAGCACUAAGCACCAACAACACAACGCCGGGAUGUUUAACCCACACCACCACCAUCAGCAACAGCAGCAGCAGCAGCAGCAGCAACAGUUUCACCGUCACCUGCGACAGCUUCAGCAACUGUUCCAGCAGCCCCCUCCACCGCCGCCGCCUCCUGCGCCACCACAACCGCCUCCAUCGCACCAUGCUCCCAGGCAUCACCAUCAUCACCAUCAUCACCAAGGAGGACGGUAAGAAAUGUGAACUCGAGAUUGUGCAUAAGCAGGCCUACUAAGUGUACGUUCAUAAAUUGCCUCCAGUGUGUCAGAGUGCGCUCCGGGUCAUUUGUAAAUUCAGAGCGUUUCGCUCUAGGAGCGUUCAGCGCACACUCGACUUUCUGGCCGAGGACGAGAAGGGUUGAUCUGAGCGUUCUUACUUCACAACGUCAGUCAAGCACCCAAGCUAACGUUGGCUAGCUUCCUAGCUACUUCCAGACACAAACGAGAGAACACCUCACACUGACCAUUUUACUCGCCCUAGCAGAGUUGGUUGGGCUGUUUUCAUGUUAGUAACUGUGCUGCUGGCAACAAUUUAAUUUAGGUUUUCCCCCCGACGUUAACUGACACCGGGCAUAUUCAACGGGUGUUGCGCGUCGAAAAAUUUAUCAGUUAUUCUGUGCUCUGGCACACUGACGAGAGUGCUCUGAAAUCGGGAGUAGAUAGAUUUAAGGCUGCAUUCGUAAAUUCACUCUAAGUGCUAUUUGCUAACAACAGUUUCUGACAGUGGUGCCUGGAGAAGUCGAUAUACUCGAAUUUUGCCAAAAAUGUCCCAAACAGCCCGCCCGCGUGUGAAAAUUAUGUUUUCCUAUGGUUUUAAGGUUUUCACUUUCAAAAUAUAUUUGUUUUAUAGAAGAAGAAAAAAUUAUGUUCUAAGUCCACAACCAUGCUUAUACCAGACCAGCAGUGGCCCACCUGUUGAGGCCUGUUUUGCAUGUUAUUUUGGCAUUAAAUAAAUACAAAUAAUAAUCAUUGAGUUAAUAAAGCCACAUACAAACUUGGUCUAUUUUUUACUUUCUUGAGUAAGGCAGUUCCAAAAUGCAGGGGUUUCAGCCUAGCUCAGUGCUUUCUAUGGUGGUGGGGCAGCCAGCAGAAAAUACGGAGCUUAGGGGUUGGUAAUGUUCUCUAGUUGCGCCGUGAUUGGCUCAGUGUUCUGUCACUCAUGGGGACACUACGUCACCGCAACAUCUAAGGGUAGAACUCGAAAGUUCAAGCCCCUUGGGUGCUGCCAUAGAGUUACAUUAGAAUUGCCCAUCCAAGAAGGCUCAAGGUCAUUGGCCACAGAUAAAAUGACAUCAAAUCACGUUAUAUCGACAGUAGCUUUGAUUGGACAGAUCAUGUCAACAUCAUACUUUCAAAAUCUUAUCUAGCAAGCUAGCAGUAAUCAUCAUGAAUCAAGUCUACAAUCUACUGGCAAAUCCUUGUCAUAUGAAGAGAAAUUAUAGAUAAAACGUAUUGGUGCUCAUCGGCCAUUGGACAUAAACAUUACACAACAAGUUGGAAAUCGCAAAUUCAACAAUGAGUGGUUUGGAAGGAAUCAGUGGCUAACUGCAAGCAUUGCAAAGCAAUCACUAGCCUGCUAUUCAGUGGAGUGGAUGUGUGGUCCCAAGUCUGGGUUUAAGGGUCUCUUUUCCAAACUUAAAAGGAUAAACAUUCAACAUUGGCCAUGCUGUCAAUCCAGCAUGACUUCUGCUGCGAUCAAAACAACUGGGAAAUCUGACUUCAGUGAGUUCAAGACAAAUAGGAACUGUGGAAAAAACGAGCUCAGACUGGGAAAAUACAUUUUGAACGGUCAUCCAAAUCAAAUGUAUUUGUCACAUACACGUGUUUAGCAGAUGUUAUAGCGGGUGUAGCGAAAUGCUUGUGCUUCUAGCUCCGACAGUGCAGUAAUAUCUAACAAGUAAUAUCUAACAAUUUCACAACAUAUACCUAAUACACACAAAACUAGUAAGGAAUGGAAUGUAAGAAUAUAUACAUAUAUGGACAAGCAAUGACAGAGCGGCAUGGACUAAGAUACAGUAGAAUAUUAUAGAAUAGAAUGCAGUAUAUACAUAUGAGAUGAGUAGUGCAAGAUAUGUAAACAUUAUUAAAGUGACUAGUGUUCCAUUUCUUAAAGUGGCCAGUGAUUUCAAUAGGCAGCAGCAGCCUCUAAUGUGCUAGUGAUGGCUAUUUAACAGUCUGAUGGCCUUGAGAUAGAACUCAGAAUUUCAAGUCGGGAACUCUGGCCUCUUUCUAGCGCUCCGACCUGAAGAUCACUGACGUCAUCAUGAUUCAACCUUUGUUUUUCCCCGAGUUCCCAGUUGUCUUGAAAGCGCCAUAAAUUCAGAGAAUGCCAGACUUUGAUGACAUAGUUUGCUUACAAAGGACUGCCGCACCACCUUCCUGUUCAAGUGAGCACAGCACAACAAGGAGAGUCCAAAAAUGUAUUGUAUGCUGCUGCGUAAAUGAUGUAAUAUGCCAGGGAGAUAUGUAUACUGUAGCUAAGAAAGUAAUAAGUGUAUGUUGUGUAGUAAGCUGUUAGUAGCCCAUGUGCCUCAUCCUAAUAAUUUGGUCACUUUUCCCUAAUAAUUUUGCCUACUGUUCUGACUUGGUGGUGCACAUUUAGCCUAUAGCCUGUUUUAGAGAAAUGUAAUCAUCGAAUAUUGUAAUAGCUUUCAUUGUCUGCUUAUAGGCCCCCUUUAUUUAUCCUACGGUUCUGACUUGGUGUACAGGGAGAAUACUGUAAGAACGGCCCAUGUUCUGAAUUCUGUCGCUGUACAUUUCAAAAGUGCUGAAGAAAUAGUUAUAUUGACUACGUCUGUCCUAGCUCGCUCAUUAAGGUCUUAAUUGAAAUUACAGAUUGCCUCUUAUCCGCUCGUCGCCCCAUUAUGCCAUAGUUUGUACAUCUCAAUUGUCAGUAGAAACCACAUUUGUUUAAGCAAGUCAGCCAUAUCAGCUAUGUUUUUUUUAAAGGCAGUAAAGGAGGUUGAAUGAACUGUUUUGCUGCCAGACAAGGCAUCUCUGAUAAUCAGGUGUAGCAGGGUAAGGUGUUUGGACUGUUGUUGGGACAGCUUUAUGUAGGCCCUAACAGUUUGUGGUCACCGUUAUAGUGCAAUUCAUGUAUUGUUUAGUGUUGUGGCUUUGCUGGCAUGCAUCUUUUUAAGUUUGCCCCACCAAGAUUUACAUGCUAAAUCGGUAAAAGACUGGAAUAGUAAUAUAUUGAAUGCAUUAUCAGAAAUUACUGUAACCAAACAAACAUUGUAGAUCAGAAAUUAAAGGAAUUAACGUUAAAAGUAUGAGAAUGACACAUACAAAUUUUCACAAAGUCUGCUGCCUUAGUUUUGAUGAUGGCAAUUUGUAUAUACUCCAGAAUGUCAUGAAGAGUGAUCAGAUGAAUUGCAAUUAAUUGCAAAGUCCCUCUUUGCCAUGAAAAUGAACUUAAUCCCCCAAAAAACAUUUCCACUGCAUUUCAGCCCUGCCACAAAAGGACCAGCUGCCAUCAUGUCAGUGAUUCUCUCGUUAACACAAGUGAGAGUGUUGACGAGGACACGGUUGGAGAUCACUCUGUCAUGCUGAUUGAGUUAGAAUAACAGACUGGAAGCUUUAAAAGGAGGGUGGUGCUUGAAAUCAUUGUUCUUCCUCUGUUAACCAUGGUUACCUGCAAGGAAACACGUGCCGUCAUCACUGCUUUGUACAAAAAGGGCUUCACAGGCAAGGAUAUUGCUGCUAGUAAGAUUGCACCUAAAUCAACCAUUUAUCGGAUCAUCAAGCAACUUCUCCCAACCAUCCAAGAACAGUUUGGUGACGACCAAUGCCUUUUCCAGCAUGAUGGAGCACCUUGCCAUAAGGCAAAAGUGAUAACUAAGUGGCUCGGGGAACAAAACAUCAACAUUUUGGGUCCAUGGCCAGGAAACUCCCCAGACCUUAAUCCCAUUGAUAACUUGUGGUCGAUCCUCAAGAGGCGGGUGGACAAACAAAAACCCACAAAUUCUGACAAACUCCAAGCAUUGAUUAUGCAAGAAUGGGCUGCCAUCAGUCAGGAUGUGGCCCAGAAGUUAAUUGACUGCAUGCCAGGGUGGAUUGCAGAGGUCUUGAAAAAGAAGGGUCAACACUGCAAAUAUUGACUCUUUGCAUAAACUUAAUGUAAUUGUCAAUAAAAGCCUUUGACACUUAUGGAAUGCUUGUAAUUAUACUUCAGUAUACCAUAGUAACAUCUGACAAAAAUAUAUCAUAACACUAAAGCAGCGAUCUUUGUGAAGACCAAUACUUGUCAUUCUCAACUUUUGACCACAACUGUACUACUGGUGAUAUAUGUAAUGGGGAAUUGAUAAGACACUAACAAUCAAGUGCAAAUAAUUCACACAAUUAAGUUAUGAAACAAUGAAUGUGAACAGAUUGGCGGGAGAGAGCAUGUUCUGGAGAGAGACGUGCAUCUUAGCCACACUCCCCUUCUUGGACUGUGCCAUCCCCGCGGCCUCUGCAAUGGAUUAGUUAACUGAGAUUGGUGCAAGUCAGACAGGUGUCUCGUGUGUCAUAAAAAAAAUAUAUUUGCUGCUGCUCUACUAAAGCAAAUCUUGGUCGACCAACAGCCCAUUGACCAAGCAAUCUACCAGUCGAUUAAUUGGGGUCCGCCUUUAGAAGUGAGUAUACACAAUGCUCACUGAAAAAAAAGUGUGUAUACCCUCCACUACACCACUGGUUGCUGUUUAUCUUGGUUGAAUUUGCCAGGGGUGCGUUCAGGUCAUUAAACAUUUCCCUACGUUCUGUAAUGGUUUGUAAGACAUGUUUUCCCAAACACUGCGCAACAUUCAACAGUCUUUGAGGUAGCUUUGUUUGGUAGGUGUGGUGGUUAUGGCCUGAUCAUGGGUGUGACCAUUUGAAAUCGAAUUGGGUGUGACCAUUUGCAAAAACCUGUGCAGCACACCCCCAUAAUCACAACCUCCUUCAGCUGGGGUUUAUUCACUAGGAAACAACUGGAAGCCAACAGAAGUAAAUAUAACUAAACGGGGAGGGACAUACCUGAAUGUAUCCAAUAGAAACUCUUGUUUUUGUUGCAAAACAUUUUUCGUUUGGAGUAAAAGGUUUCCAUUGCAAAACGUUUUGAAAUUGUUUGCUAUGGUCUUCGUCUAAAUGAAUACACUCCUGGUCGUUCAGAGCAGUAUAGUUCCUGUUGAAUUAAACAUGGAACACUGUUCUGUCCUACUGAACGCACUCCACAUUUAAUGUUUAAAUAGUAUUUGUUAUUGAAAUGAACAUGGCCAAUUGUUUCAGACUGGCUGUAUUGUGUGUAAAUAUACUGAACAAAUAUAAACGCAACAUGUAAAGUGUUGGUCCCAUGUUUCAUGAGCUGAAAUAAAAUAUCCCAGAAAUGUUCCACACGCACAAAAAGCUUAUUUCUCUCAUUUUGUGCAAAAAUUUGUUUACAUCCCUGUUAGUGAGCAUUUCUCCUUUACCAUCCUGACAGGUGUGGCAUAUUAAGAAGCUGAUUAAACAGCAUGAUCAUUACACAGGUGCACCUUGUGCUGGGGACAAUGAAAGGCCACUCUAAAAUGUGCAGUUUUGUCACACAACACAAUGCCACAGAUGUCUCAAGUUUUGAGGGAGCGUGCAAUUGGCAUGCCGAGUGCAGGAAUGUCCACCAGAGCUAUUGCCAGAUAAUUGAAUGUUCCUUUCUCUACCAUAAGCCGCCUCCAACGUCAUUUUAGAAAAUUUGGCAGUAUGUCCAACCGGCCUCACAACCGCAAACCUCGUACGCCAGCCCAGGACAUCCACAUCCGGCUUCUUCACUUGCGGGAUCGUCUGACACCAGCCAUCCAGACAGCUGAUGAAACUGAGGAGUAUUUCUGUCUGUAUUGGCUGGGCCUGGCUACCCAGUGGGUGGGCCACCCAUGGCUGCACCCCAGCCCAGUCAUGUGAAAUCCAUAGAUUAGGGCCUAAUUAAUUUAUUUCAAUUGACUGAUUUUCUUAUAUGAAUUAACUCAGGAAAAUCAUUGAAAUUGUUGUAUGUUGCGUUUUUAUAUUUUUGUUCAGUAUAUAAAUACUGCUUAGUAAUGCCCAUUCCCUCUGUGAUGACCAGGCCCAUGACUGUACCAGCCCCUGCUCCGCCUCCUCCCCGUGUGGUCAACAUGGCCUCUCGGGCCUCCAUCAUGGCCCCCAACCCAAUGUUACAAGGGGCUAUAAUGAUGCAGCAGAUGCAAGGUGAGCGCAUUUCAGAAGUAGAUUGGGGAGAAAAAAAAAUACCAUAGUACAUAUUUGUAUCUACAGCUAAGUGUGUACGUGAAAAAGCUGUCAACACUUUGAUUUGACUGCAAUUCAAUUGAUUUGGUGGGCCUUGUAGCUCCAAAGGCCACCUGAUAGAAACUAUGGCACCACCCUAUUGCUGAAAAACAGUGGUGGAAAAAGUACCCAAUAGUCAUACUUGAGUAAAAGGAAAGAUACCUUAAUAGAAAAUGACCCAGUAAAAUACUACUUGAUUAAGUCUAAAAAUAUUUGGUUUUAAAUGUACUUAAGUAUCAACAUUUUAAAUUAAAUUCCUAAUAUAUACACUUAAGUAUCAAAAGUAAAAAUAUACAUUAUUUCACAUUUCUUAUAUUAAGCAAACCAGACGGCACCAUUUUCUUGUUUUCUUUAAUUUAAAAACUAAGCAUUUGUGUUUAGUGAGUCUGCCAGAUCAGAGGCAGUAGGGAUGACCAGGGAUGUUCUCUUGAGAAGUGUGUGACUUGGACCAUUUUCCUGUCCUGCUGAGCAUUCAAAAUGUAACGAGUACUUUUGGGUGUCAGGGAGAAUGUAUAGAGUAAAAAGUACAUUUAUUUUCUUUAGGAAUGUAGUGAAGUAAAAGUUGUAAAAAAUAUAAAAUAGUAAAGUACAGAUACCCCAAAAAACGACUUAGGUAGUACUUUAAAGUAUUUUUACUUAACCUUUUCAGCAGUGGUGUAUAGUACUUUUCUUACCAAUUAUAUCUCUUUCUCCUCAUACUCAUCCACCAUCUCCUCCUCUCCCACACUUUCUUCCUACCUCUAUCUCUCCUUCCCUCCUGGCACUCCAGGUAGCAUGCGGGGCUUUGCAGCGGUGAGUGGGCAGCAGUUCACCCAGUUCUUUGCUGCGGGGGCCCGGUCCUCUCUCAUGGGCCCUGUACCCAUGGGCAUGGCCAUCAAGAACCCCCACAUGGGCUUCCCUGCCCGACACUACCACCCCCACGCCCGCUACUACAACAACAACAACAACGUAAUCAAACCUCUAUUUAACUAUGGAUAAUUACCAGGCACUGAGCACCCAAUCUGAGCGUUCCUUUUGACUAACUAACAGUUUUAUUGUGUUUUACUCAGUUAGCAAAGAUUGUUUUGAUACUGUGGGGCAAAGCUAAGAGGAGACUUAAUGACAAUUACGUAUGGAAAUACUGUAUUGGUCAAUAAUAUGAGCUCUUUAACAAUUGAGUCCACUAUACCUGUUGCACACGUUGGCUAUUGUUGAAUGCUGACUGAUCAGGUGAUGCAAUUCCUCACCCUGUUCAUGUAGGACUAUGCAUCACGGCAGCCGGAUAGGAAGAGGGAAAACGAGCAGAGAGCCGUGGGGAGCACAGUUAGCCGACCUGCAGCCAGCAGGACAGCAGGGGAAACCAAUGACAAGGCUCUCAAAGGUAGGACCGUACCUGAACACGCAAUGCAAGAUGGCAACACCAGCUAGCAACGCCUGCUAGCAGUAGCAUUCGUUAGUGUUUUUAUUUGCAGCUAGUGAGAUCUCAGAAGCUUGAAAAUAGGUAUCUUUUUUGGUCGCUUCCUCUUUUCCUAUGUCUCCUUCUCUGUAUGUUUUUGAGUGGGUGUGAAACAGUAAUUCUGUGGUUGGUACAGUAGCACAUGAUAGCCCUGUAUCCCUCUCCCUGCAGAUGGAGCAGUGGGAAGGCCAGAUGGACAGGCACAGCCCUCAGUGCAACCGGAGCCUGAGGAGCCAGCGCUGAAGAAGCAGAGGACAGAGGGGUAAGUAGUACUGUUUUGAGUUUGAAUAAAUGCAUUCCUCAUGGGUCAUUCCAUUUCAGUUCAGCAAGCCAUGACACCCACCAUCUCAAAUUGUUCUGAAAUUGUUUCUGGACUUAGAAACAGAUAAGAUAAGCAUUCCCACAACAUUAUGUUGUUGAAAAAAAGUUUGAUCUCUGAGAAAUUAAGCUAAUUGAUAGCACCCCAAGCCACCCUUGGACCCCCCACACUAGUGAUGCACGGGUUUACUCAUAACCAGCAGUCCCCACGGUUUAUCCGCGGGGCGGGCGGGUUUAGGGUUAUUAAAUAUUGUGUGGAUGAAGGGCGGGUAGGUGGUGGGCAUGUUGAAUAAAGAAAACAAUACCUUAAAUCAAUAAAUGUAUAAUUCUUGUGCAAUUUAUAUCUAUAGGCUACAUUGAGGUUUUUCUUCAAUUAUUUUAUGCUAUCUGGCAUUAAUGCGUAAGCCUAUAACCUUUAGUACCUAACUGUACGCGCGCCAAAUAGCCUACACGCCAAUCGCAAAAUGCUUUUGGGAACGGGCAGAAACGGUUAACAUCGAUGCACGGAGGCAAAAAGGACAAUGUCGGAGUUAAAUUCAAUAAGAGAAAAGCUGAGAAAUUGAAAGUUUGCAAUAAUGAGAAGGGAGGGCCAGAAAAGUAAUGUUUGGGAAAGAUUUGUUGAGGUGGUAAAAGAGGACGAUAGCAGUGCCGGCUAUGUGUGAUGAUUGUGAGGCUUUAUACAAAUUCGACAGUCCCAACAUGCCUAUGGUACGUCAAGGGAACUGUAGCCUACUGUUCAGAUGGGUUAAAUGGAAACUGAAAUCUAGACACUGACUCUAGGUCUAUAACCUCUCACAUAGCUUUACUAUUAACUCCUGCAGAAUUAAGCAUUUCUUGAAGUAAAAUGAUACACCAGAUGUAAGCAAAAUGUUUACCCUGGAACAGGGGUGGAGAAAUAUGAUUUCUUUAUUUCAGCAUCUUGAGAGAAUGCAAAUGUGCGGUUAGAUACCGUCUGUAGGUGCUAUCUUUAUCAAAUCAUAUUGUAUUUGUCACAUACACGUGUUUAGCAGAUGUUAUAGCGGGUGUAGCGAAAUACUUGUGCUUCUAGCUUCGACAGUGCAGUUUAACAAGUAAUAUCUAACAAUUUCACAACAUAUACCAAUACACACAACUAGUAAGAAAUGGGAUUUAAGAAUAUAUACAUAUAUGGACAAGCAAUGACAGAGCGGCAUGGACUAAGAUAGAAUAGAAUAGUAGAAUAUUAUAGAAUAUAAUGCAGUAUAUACAUAUGAGAUGAGUAGUGCAAGAUAUGUAAACAUUAUUAAAGUGACUAGUGUUCCAUUUCUUAAAGUGGCCAGUGAUUUAAAUAUGCAGCAGCAGCCUCUAAUGUGCUAGUGAUGGCUAUUUAACAGUCUGAUGGCCUUGAGAUAGAAGCUGUUUUUCAUUCUCUCGGUCCCAGCUUUGAUGCACCUGUACUGACCUCGCCUUCUGGAUGAUAGCGGGGUGAACAGGCAAUGGCUCGGGUGGUUGAUGUCCUUGAUGAUCUUUUUGGCCUUCCUGUGACAUCAGGUGCUGUAUGUGUCUUGGAGGGCGGGUAGUUUGCCCCCGGUAAUGCAUUCGGCAGACCGCACCACCCUCUGGAGAGCCCUGCGGUUGUGGGCAGUGCAGUUGCCGUACCAGGCGGUGAUACAGCCCGACAGGAUGCUCUCAAUUGUGCAUCUGUAAAAGUUUGUGAGGGUUUUAGGUGCUAAGCCGAAUUUCGUCAGCCUCCUGAGGUUGAAGAGGCUCUGUUGCGCCUUCUUCACCACACUGUCUGCGUGGACCAUUUCAGUUUGUUGGUGAUGUGUACGCCAAGGAACUUGAAGCUUUCCACCUUCUCCACUGCGGUCCCGUCGAUGUGGAUAGGGGGGUGCAUCUCCUUUGUUUUGUUGACGUUGAGUGAGAAGUUAUUUUCCUGGCACCACACUCCCAGAGCCCUCACCACCUCCCUGUAGUCGGUCUCGUCAUUGUUGGUAAUCAAGCCUACUACUGUUGUGUCGUCUGCAAACUUGAUGAUUGAGUUGGAGGCGUGCUUGGCCACGCAGUCAUGAGUGAACAGGGAGUACAGGAGGGGGCUGAGCACGCACCCUUGUGGGGCCCCAGUGUUGAGGAUCAGCGAAGUGGAGAUAUUGUUUCCUACCUUCACCACCUGGGGGCGGCCCGUCAGGAAGUCCAGGACCCAGUUGCACAGGGCGGGGUUCAGACCCAGGGCCUCGAGCUUAAUGAUGAGCUUGGAGGGUACUAGGGUGUUGAAUGCUGAGCUAUAGUCAAUGAACAGCAUUCUUACAUAGAUAUUCCUCUUGUCCAGAUGGGAUAGGGCAGUGUGAUGGUGAUUGCGUCGUCUGUGGAUCUAUUGGGGCGGUAAGCAAAUUGAAGUGGGUUUUGGGUGACAGGUAAUGUAGAGGUGAUAUGAUCCUUGACUAGUCUCUCAAAGCACUUCAUGAUGACAGAGGUGAGUACUACAGGGCGAUAGUCAUUUAUUUCAGUUACCUUUGCUUUCUUGGGUACAGGAACAAUGGUGGCCAUCUUGAAGCAUGUGGGAACAGCAGACUGGGAAAGGGAGAGAUUGAAUAUGUCCAUAAACACACCAGCCAGCUGGUCUGCACAUGCUCUGAGGACGUGGCUAGGGAUGCUGUCUGAGCCGGCAGCCUUGCGGGGGUUAACAUGCUUAAAUGUCUUAAUCACAUCAGCCAUGGAGAAGGAGAGGCCACAGUCCUUGGUAGUGGGCCUCGUCAGUGGCACUGUGUUAUCCUCAAAGCGGGUGAAGAAGGUGUUUAGCUUGUCUGGAAGCGAGAUGUCGGUGUCGGCGACGUGGCUGGUUUUCCUUUUGUAAUCCGUGAUUGUCUGUAGACCCUACCACAUACGUCUUGUGUCUGAGCUGUUGAAUUGCGACUCCACUUUGUCUCUAUACUGAUGUUUUGCCAGUUUAAUUGCCUUGCGGAGUGAGUAGCUACACUGUUUUUGUAUUCUGCCAUAUUCCUUGCCUCCCGAGUGGCACAGUGGUCUAAGGCACUGCAUCGCAGUACUAGCUGUGCCACUUGAGAUCCUGGUUCGAAUCCAGGCUCUGUCAUAGCUGGCCGCGACCGGGAGACUCAUGCGGCGGCGCACAAUUGGCCCAGCGUCGUCCAGGGUAGGGGAGGGAAUGGCCGGCAGGGAUGUAGCUCAGUUGGUAGAGCAUGGCGUUUGCAACGCCAGGGUUGUGGGUUCGAUUCCCACGGGGGGCCAGUAUGGGGGGGAAAAAAUAAACAAUAAAAUAAUAAUUUAAAAUAAUGUAUGCACUCACUAAAUCUGGAUAAGAGCGUCUGCUAAAUGACUAAAAUGUAAAAAAAUGUUGAAUGCGGUGGUUCGGGCUUUCAGAUUUGUGCGAAUGCAGCCAUCUAUCCACGGUUUCUGGUUAGGGUAGGUUUUAAUAAUCACAGUGGGCACAACAUCACCUAUACACUUCCUGAUAAACUCAGUUACCGUUUCAGUGUAUACUAAAUUUAAUUAUUUUCGGAAGCUACCAGGAACAUAUCCCAGUCAGCAUCAUAAAAGCUGAUAGUAUUUCAACCACAUCAAAUAUGCAUCGAAGCCAACCUGAAAUCUUAUCAGAAACAUGUUGGGUUGUUUUCACAGCUUUAUAUUUCCUUACAACCGGUCAAACUGAUGUCAUUUGGACAUUUUGCACAGAAAAUCUUUCACUUUUUUUUGGUUAGCCAAUUGCAUUUUGUUUUGUAUGUAGAUGGGUAUGAAAAAAAUUACAUUGGUUUCCUUACUCUGUACGCAAUCUAUGGACAAGGUUUGACUGCAACCCAUGCUUUGGUUUUGUUUACCUGGCCACUGUUUCAACUUUUUUGAAUUUGUCACACAAAUCCAAUGCAAGUCAAUGGUACCUAAUAUUAGCAUUUUUGUGCUCCAUAUCCAAAUCAUCUAUAAAUAGUGUCAUUGAUUUACACAAUCAAUUUUGGGGUACUUUUUAACAUGAAGCGGGAAAAUUCUAAUAUAGGUACCAUUGACUUGCUUUGGAUUUGUGCCACAAAUGUUGUUGGGUUGGGUGUGGGGGGUCUGUUGGUGGCUUUUGACUAUUUUUGGGGAUUACUCAUUAUUAGAAUACAAUUUAUUUUGUCCAAAUCAGAGGUUAGGUACUAUAUUUAUUGAUUAUUAUAUGAAUCCUAAAAAUGAAAAUGGCCAAUUUGGGUGCAAUUAAUUAAUGUAUCAAGAUCAAAUUAUAUUUCAACAAAGUAAUGUAGGAAUGCUAGUCUUAUCUGUUUCUAACUACAGAAACCAUUUCUGAUAUGGUGGGUGUCGAGCCUCUUUCUUGUUAUGUUUACGUACCUAUUCAGAUAAGUCUUAGCUAUCUAUAUGCUGAGAUGAGUCCUUGGAGAGUAGCAGCUAGUAGUGACAUGUAUCCUUUUCUUUCUCUCUAUCCUUCCCUUCCUCUGUCCCAGGUUAGAGGAGACUGUGGAGCAGCCUCCUGAGACAGACAGGGUCCUGGGUGCAGCAGAGUAUCAAAGCCCACCGGUUGACAGCCAGCCUGGAGGUUUGUGUUCUCAUACACUACAUGACCAAAAGUAUGUGGACACUGGCUCGUCAAAUCAUGGGCAUUAAUAUGGAGUUGGUCCCUCCUUUGCUGCUAUAACAGCCUCCACUCUUUUUUUUAUUUUUUUUAUUUAACCUUUAUUUAACCAGGUAAGCCAGUUGAGAACAAGUUCUCAAUUACAACUGCGACCUGGCCAAGAUAAAGCAAAGCAGUGCGAUAAAAACAACAACACAGAGUUACAUAUGGGGUAAACAAAACAUAAAGUAAAAAAUACAAAAAAAAAUAUAUAUACAGUGUGUGCAAAUGUAGCAAGUUAUGGAGGUAAGGCAAUAAAUAGGCUAUAGUGCAAAAUAAUUACAAUUGGUAUUAACACUGGAAUGAUAGAUGUGCAAGAGUUGAUGUGCAAAUAGAGAUACUGGGGUGCAAAUGAGCAAAAUAAAUAACAAUAUGGGGAUGAGGUAGUUGAGUGGGCUAAUUUCAGAAGGGCUGUGUACAGGUGCAAUGAUCGGUAAGGUGCUCUGACAACUGAUGCUUAAAGUUAGUGAGGGAGAUAAGAGUCUCCAGCUUCAGAGAUUUUUGCAGUUCGUUCCAGUCAUUGGCAGCAGAGAACUGGAAGGAAUGGCGGCCAAAGGAGGUGUUGGCUUUGGGGAUGACCAGUGAUGUAUACCUGCUGGAGCGCAUACAACGGGUGGGUGUUGCUAUGGUGACCAAUGAGCUAAGAUAAGGUGGAGAUUUGCCUAGCAGUGAUUUAUAGAUGGCCUGGAGCCAGUGGGUUUGGCAACGAUUAUGUAGUGAGGACCAGCCAACGAGCAUACAGGUCACAGUGGUGGGUAGUAUAUGGGGCUUUGGUGACAAAACGGAUGGCACUGUGAUAGACUACAUCCAAUUUGCUGAGUAGUGUUGGAGGCUAUUUUGUAAAUUACAUCGCCGAAGUCAAGGAUCGGUAGGAUAGUCAGUUUUACGAGGGCAUGUUUAGCAGCAUGUUUGUUGCGAAAUAGGAAGCCGAUUCUAGAUUUAACUUUGGAUUGGAGAUCCUUAAUGUGAGUCUGGAAGGAGAGUUUACAGUCUAACCAGGCACCUAAGUAUUUGUAGUUGUCCACAUACUCUAGGUAUGACCCGUCGAGAGUAGUGAUUCUAGUCGGGUGUGCGGGUGGCCAGCAGCAUUCGAUUGAAGAGAAUGCAUUUAGUUUUACUAGUGUUUAAGAGCAGUUGGAGGCUACGGAAGGAGUGUUGUAUGGCAUUGAAGCUCGUUUGGAGGUUUGUUAACAGUGUCCAAUGAAGGGCCAGAUGUAUACAAAAUGGUGUUGUCUGCGUAGAGGUGGAUCUGAGAGUCACCAACAGCAAGAGCGACAUCAUUGAUAUACACAGAGAAAAGAGUCGGCCCAAGAAUUGAACCCUGUGGCACCCCCAGAGACUGCCAGAGGUCCAGACAACAGGCCCUCCGAUUUGACACAAUGAACUCUAUCUGAGAAGUAGUUGGUGAACCAGGCGAGGCAGUCAUUUGAGAAACCAAGGCUAUUUAGUCUGCCAAUAAGAAUGUGGUGGGGUCCAUUUAGAAUGAAAGGGUCCAGAUUGUCUAGCCCAGAUGAUUUGUAGGGGGCCAGAUUUUGCAGCUCUUUCAGAACAUCAGCUGUCUGAAUUUGUGUGAAGGAGAAGGGGGGGGGGGGUGCAUGGGCAAGUUGCAGCGGAGGGUGCAGAGCUGGUGGCCGGGGUAGUGGUAGCCAGGUGGAAAGCAUGGCCAGCCGUAGCAAAAUGCUUGUUGAAAUCCUCGAUUAUUGUAGAUUUAUCGGUGGUGAUAGUGUUUCCUAGCCUCAGUGCAGUGGGCAGCUGGGAGGAGGUGCUCUUAUUCUCCAUGGACUUUACAGUGUCCCAAAACUUUUUGGAGUUAGUGCUACAGGAUGCACAUUUCUGUUUGAAAAAGCUAGCCUUUGCUUUCCUAACUGAUUGUGUAUAUUGGUUCCUGACUUCCAUGAAAAGUUGCAUAUCGCGGGGGCUAUUCGAUGCUAAUGCAGUACGCCACAGUAUGUUUUUGUGCUGGUCAAGGGCAGUCAAGAGGAGAACCAGGGGCUAUAUCUGUUCUUAGUUCUGUAUUUUUUGAAUGGGGCAUGCUUAUUUAAGAUUGAGAGAAAAGCACUUUUAAAGAACAACCAGGCAUCCUCUACUGACGGAAUGAGAUCGAUAUCCAUCCAGGAUACCUGGGCCAGGUCAAUUAGGAAGGCCUGCUCGCUAAAGUGUUUUAUGGUGCGUUUGACAGUGAUGAGGGGUGAUCGUUUGACCGCGGACCCGUUACGGACGCAGGCAAUAAGGCAGUGAUCGCUGAGAUCCUGGUUGAAGACAGCGGAGGUGUAUUUAGAGGGUAAGUUAGUCAGGAUGAUAUCUAUGAGGGUGCCCAUGUUUACGGAUUUAGGAUUGUACCUGGUAGGUUCCUUGAUAAUUUGUGUGAGAUUGAGGGCAUCUAGUUUGGAUUGUAGGAUGGCCGGGGUGUGAAGCAUAUCCCAGUUUAGGUCACCAAGCAGUACGAACUCUGAGGAUAGAUGGGGGGCAAUCAAUUCACAUAUGGUGUCCAGGGCACAGCUGGGGGCUGAGGGGGGGGGGGGCUGUAGCAAGCGGCAACAGUGAGAGACUUAUUUCUGGAAAGGUGGAUUUUUUGAAGUAGGAGCUCAAACUGUUUGGGCACAGACCUGGAUAGUAUGAUAGAGCUCUGCAGGCUAUCUACAGUAGAUUGCAACUCCACCCCCUUUGGCAGUUCUAUCUAGAUGGAAAAUGUUGUAGUUGGGGAUGGAAAUUUCUGAAUUUUUGGUGGCCUUCCUAAGCCAGGAUUCAGACACUGCUAGAACAUCAGGGUUGGCGGAGUGUGCUAACGCAGUGAAUAACUCAAACUUAGGAAGGAGGCUUCUGAUGUUAACGUGCAGAAAACCAAGGCUUUUACAUUUACAGAAGUCAACAAAUGAUAGCUCCUGGGGAGUAGGAGUGAUACUGGGGGCUGCAGGGUCUGGGUUAGCCUCUACAUCACCAGAGGAAGACUAGAAUAAGGAUACGGCUAAAGGCUUUAAGAACUGGUCUUCUAGUGCAUUGGGUACAGAGAAUAAAGGGGGCAGAUUUCCUGGUGUUGUAGAAUAGAUUCAGGGCAUUAUGUACAGACAAGGAUAUGGAAGGAUAUGAGUACAGUGGAGGUAAACCUAAGCGUUGGGUAACAAUGAAAGAGAGAGCAUCACUGGAGACACCGAUUGAGCCGGUCUCGGCGUGUAUGGGGGGUGGAACAAAGGAGCUAUUUGAGACAGUUUGAGAAUGACUUGGGGUUCUAUAUUGAAAUUGUAUAAUAAGAACUAACUGGAACAGCAAUAGGCAAGGCAUAUUGACAUGGGAGAGAGGCAUAAAGCAAUCACAGGUGUUAUUGGAGAGAGCUAAGACAACAACUGGUAAUGGCGAUGAAAGUUUAGGCUGAGGCGAAACAGAUAAACAGGACAGGGUACCGUGUAAAGGAACAGUCCAGCAGGCAUCAGCUGUGCACCUGAGUGAUCAUAAGGUCCAGUGAACAGCAAUAUGUGAGUCCGAGAGCAGUUCGAAUUGGUGCUACAGCACAGCGAGCAGGAAGCACGGCUGUUGUUUGCGUGUGCUAGCGGGCCGGGGCUAGCAGAUGGAUCUUCGUGGUCGUCGCAACGGUAAGUCUGUUGAAACCACAAACGAUUACGUCAGCAGACCAGUCGGUAUGGAUCGGCGGGGCUCCGUGUCGACUCUAGGAGGACCCGUCCGGUUGACAGAGAGGUAGAUAGUCGGGAGAUGUGCCUGACUCGAGGCUAGCUCAAAGCUGAUUAGCCAACAACAACAUCCAUUUGGUUGCAACUAGCUAGUUGCGAUGAUCCGGUGUUAAAGGUCCAGUGAUUUUGUGAUUCCGGCAGAAAAUCCGAUAUGUUCUGGGUCAAUAACGCGCUGUGCAGACAGUGCAGACUGGCCGAUAAUAGUCCAGGCUAGAGCUGGCUGGUAGGUAGUGCAGGCCACGGACAAUGGUGAAAAACCGCUAACGGUGGCUAAUAGCAAGUAGCUAGUUAGCUGGCUACUCCCGUCUGGUAGACAAAGAUGUAGAUAGCCGGGAUAUGGGCCUGGCUCGAGGCUAGCUCAAGGCUAACUGGUGCUUGCUUCGGGGGCAGUUAGCCUACAGCAACAUCCAUUCGGUUGCGGCUAGCUAGUUGCGAUCCGUUGUUAGGGUCCAGUUAUUCCGGCAGAAAAUCCGAUGUUCUGGGUGAAAACCGCUAACGGUGGCUAAUAGCAAGUAGCUAGUUAGCUGGCUAGCUAGUUUCAACUGGAGAUUCUAGAUAAAGGUGAGUAAAUAAUAGAAUCCGUUCCACAUUGAAUGAGGCGGGUUGCAGGAAAGUAUAUUUAGUAGAAGGAUGAAAAGUGUGAUAGGGAAAUAUGUACGAAAAUAUAUAUUUACACGGACACACAACAAAGAACACGACCGCACUACUACGCCAUCUUGGGAAUGCUUUCCACUAGAUGUUGGAACAUUGCUUCGGGGACUUCCUUCCAUUCAGCCACGCGCAUUAGUGAGGUCGGGCACUGAUGUUGGGCGAUUAGGCCUGGCUCGCAGUUGGCGUUCCAAUUCAUCACGUUUCCACUGCUCCAUAGUCCAAUUGAGCUUUACACCACUCCAUGCGACGCUUGGCGUUGCGCAUGGUGAUCUUAGCCUUGUGUGCGGCUGCUCGGCCAUGGAAACCCAUUUCAUGAAUCUCCUGACCAACAGUUAUUUUGCUGACGUUGCUUCCAGGGGCAGUUUGGAACUCUGUAGUGAGUGUUGCAACCGAGGACAGACAGACGAUUUUUGCGCGCUACGCACUUCAGCACUCGGUGGUCCUGUUCUGUGAGCUUGUGUGGCCUACCACUUUGCGGCUGAGAUGAUUUUGCUCCUAGACGUUUCCACAUAACAACACUUACAGUUGACCGGGGCAGCUCUAGCAGUGCAGAAAUUGCUCUAUUUUAUACACCUGUCAGCAACGGGUGUGGCUGAAAAACCGAAUCCACUAAUUUGAAGGGGUGUCCACAUACUUUUAUCUAUAUAUUGUACUAUUCUAGCCCUUACAUUCUAACAGCCAUUCCAAGCCUCUUACUCCCACAGAGCUACAGCCAUAGAUAUAGAACACCAUAGAUGGGUAUAUCUGUGGCUUAAGCUCUGGCCUUUCACCUUUGGCUUGGUAGGACUAGUUCUCACCUGUUCUCUCCUCUCCAUUAACAGACUGUGUCAUUCUGGAGGAGGGCGGGAGCACGGCUGAACCAGAGGCUGCAGAGGCACUGGAGGAGAGCAGAGCAGCCGAGGUGAGUUUUAUAAAGUCAUUUGUUACAGAAGCCCAAACCGUGACUGUAAUGCUAGUUCAGAUGGAUAGCUGGGCACUGACUUCUGCUCCCAAAAAGUGAUAAGAUUACCUGAUCUGAUGGCCCUCCUUGUGUAUGAGCAGGUUCAGAGUGGAGUGUCGGCCAUGACAGCCUCUGAACAGCUGAGUGGUGAGAGCCACGCAUUCACUCCAGGCCUGGAGGACAUGGCAGAGGGCAUGGCUGCCCCAGGGGCAUUGGAAGGGGGGCAGGAAGAGGGCAAGGAGGGGGGUGAUGCUGCCAACAAGUUCUAUUGCUACAUCUGCACUCUCGCCUGUCACAACCAGCAGGUAGAGCGCACACACACCCUCGGGGUGUAGAGGGAAAUGUUUGCUUUUGAAUGGUCCAAGGCAAGCACUCAGCUUGACGCUUCAGCGACCCUGUUAGUCAAGUUCAUUAGCUGCCACAUGGUUGAGAUGUCAGCCCGAGGCUAGUGAGACAGGAAUCCCUCUGUAUCAUAUCUCUGCAUCUCUCUUUACAUCUCUUUGUAUCCCUCUUUUUCUUCUUAGAACUUCCAGAGUCACAUGAACGGCCUGGCCCACCAGCAGAGGAUGAUGGAGAUCCAACACAUGUCCAAUGCCUGUCUGGUCACCCUGAUGCCCCGCGUCCAGGAGUCACUACAGGGAGGCCGCAGGGACAGCUCAUCCUUCAGGGACGGGUCAGUACUAGUGCACGUUGGUGACAGGUAAAUGGGAUUUAAGUAAGACUCAAUCAUUAGGCGAUAGGGGUCGAAUGAAACAAAGCUGACUGAAACAGGAAGGGUCUGCCUAAAAUGGUCUAAUAACACUCGUUUUCCAUUGCAAAAUGUUUUGCUACGGUUUGUCCCUAUGAAUAUGGUCCUCAUGGAGCUGUGUGUGUUUAACAUAGAGAGAAGAAACCGGGCCCGCAGCGUUGGUGUGCUACCUGCCAAAUCCACUACACCAGUACAGUCAUGGUGCACCGCAGGACCAGGGAGCACAAGCUGGGCAGCCGCACCUCCAACCCCUCCUGUACCGUCUGCAAGAGGCACUUCAGGAGCCCACUCCUGUUCCUGGAGCACAUGCAGUCCCAGGGGCACAAGCAGAGAGUUGACGAGGUGCGUGUGUCUCUGUCUACUCAUCUCUGCCUCGGCAACUUGGAAAUCCAUUAAAUGUGUUACCUUUUUGGAGUCCCUAAUGGCACCUUAUUUCCUAAGUACAGUAGUACACUACUUUUGACAAGAGCCCUAUGGGCCCUAGUCAAAAGUAGUGCACUAAAUAGGGAAUAAUAGGGUGCCACUUGGGACCUAACCCUUGUCAAAACAUUCCCUCCUUCUUAUUCACUGUUCUGUGCUCCUCCCACUACAGCUUCGGGAGGAGGGGGGGCCAGAGUCCUUGGCUGAACUGGUUGCCAUGGACGCACAAGGCUGCUUUGUAGACGAUGGGGAAGAGAAUGAGGAGGAGGAGGCUAGCGAGGAGGAAGAGGAUGAAGAGGAAAUGGAAGAUGGAGGACAAGGCAGCUCCCAUGGAAAGGUUAGGCAUCUGCAUGUACACGCCUUGUCACACAUGGGGAUGGGCUUUUUAUUUUAUUUUUUACUGUUAUAGUACUCGCAUGAUUUUUUGGAAUGGAAAAAAUAUAUAUUUUUAGAACAUAAGGGCAAGUCCCGCACUGGAAAAUCAUAUGUGUGCAUUUAUCUAAAUCCCAACAGUGCACAACAAUGCCUAAUUUAGCAUAACCAUUAGAGAUAACAAAUCCUAAUUGCUAAAUUGCCUCGUAUAUUCAGUCAAUAAAAAAACGAUUGCCAUUUUAAGAUUAAUUUAUUGAAACCGUAAUAUCAACUGGUUAUUUUAUAUUGUGGAAGAAAAUCUUUAAAAAGGCUGUGACCUCAGCAGUGGUGCUUGCUUGUAGAAGCCUAUGGCUGUGCAAUGGCAUAGCCUUGUUUUAAUUUAGCAGACAGGACGCUCUUAUUUCCUGAGCCCUUAACAGUCAACAACAGACACACCUACAGUGCCUUCGGAAAGUAUUCAGACCCCUUUACCAGCCAGCUCUAGCCUGGGGGUGGGGGGGUGGGGGGGGGGGGGGGGGGGGGGGCAAGCCACAAAAUACUUUCCACCAAAUAGUUUUACAGUAUUUGAAAAAAAUGUGAUCUCUGGUUAAAGAUCGAGUUUUGAUGUCCAUUCGAGUACUCGAUUACUCAUGCCUAUCCCUAGUCACACCACGUCUCUUUUUUCUUGCUCUUUCUCCCAUGCACAUAUUCUCUUUUUUUCCCAGUGUCAAUAUUGGAGAAAUGUUGGGAGACAUGUUAUUAUCUUCAUGAAACUUCUGUAUAUCAUUGUUGUGUUGGUUUGGAUCUAUUUGGUAAUGUGUGUAUUUGGUGUGGCAGGAGGGCUGGCCUACCCAGAUGGAGGUGGCUCUACUAGAGGAAGUAGAUGAAGAUGAGGAGUAUGACCCUGACACGGUGUACGGUGAGUGACACACCCUACAUGAGAGGACACUCACUGUCUGAGUCAUUACACAACACUCACUGACUUGCCAUAGUUAAAUGAAAGCCAUUCAGAAUCAGUCAUUUAUAAGUACAUGUUAUAUGUAGCUAUAUUGCACAUUGUGAUUUUGUCAUGUGUGAUUCUGUUGUCAGACUUGCCUCUCUCUGCCUGUAUCCCAGGUUCUAGCUUUGUGGUCCCUGUGGCUGGGUUCCUCUGUAGACUCUGCCAGCAGUUCUACCAUUUUGAGUCCUCAGCCCGCCACUUGCACUGCAAGUCACUCAAACACUUUGAGAACCUCAAGGUUGGUUGUAUAAUUGCAUGUCUUGUUGGUUGUAUGAAUUAAGACAACGCACAUCAAAUUAACAGGUUUGCCUACCUGUUGUAGUCAUCUCUGUUAAAUCCUAUGCGUUUGUGCCUUCUCUCCCCUACAGAAGUACAGGGCCUUGCGUAGCCAGAAGGAUGACACAGUGGAACCUACUCCCAUAGACGGGAUGGACGGAGAUGCAGAGUGUGAUAGUAACCACAUCAUCUCAGAUUCAAACAGCCUGCCUUCAGAGCUUCUCAGCAGCCCUACCGUACUGCAGCCCACCAUCUCCAUAACCAGACUGAGGCCCUCCAGACCCUGCCCUGAACCCCAGGACAACACUCCCUCAGCCCCCGCUUCAUCCCUGCAGGACCUCACCACCACCAGCAGCACUGGGGGGACUCCGGCUCAAGCCUCCCCAGAGAAGCAGAGCCCAGUAAACCCUGAGGACAAGGAGGAAGAGCCAACCCCAGAACUAGCACCAGUCACAGAAGAGGCAGAGGAGGAGCCAGCACCAGUCACAGAAGAGGCAGAGGAGGAGCCAGCACCAGUCACAGAAGAGGCAGAGGAGGAGCCAGCACCAGUCACAGAAGAGGCAGAGGAGGAGCCAGCACCAGUCACAGAAGAGGCAGAGGAGGAGCCAGCACCAGUCACAGAAGAGGCAGAGGAGGAGCCAGUCAUGGGAGAGGCAAAGGCAGCUGCUCCAGAGGAGAAGACAGGCAAAGGGAAAGCAAAGGGCCCAUCCAAAAGGAAGUCCGGGAGGACAACACGGAGACGUUGA